GACUCUUGCCCCAUGGAACUCACUCUUGCUAGGGAAGCAGAAGGAAGCAAGUCAGGACAAGCCUGGAGGUGUUCAGAGCUGUGCUAGCCCUGCCAGCUGGUGGCAAGAAGGUCAGCAAAGCCGCUGUUAAAGGGAAGGUAAAGAGGGCUCGGUUCAUGGCAAGGGGGCAGUGAUCCACUCAGCCAGCAACAUGCUCCGCUUCCUGGUGUUCACCACCCCGGUCCUUUAUGGACACAGCACCCAGGACUUUCCAGAAACCAAUGCCCGGGUAGUUGGAGGGACUGAGGCCCGGAGGGAUUUCUGGCCCUCUCAGAUUUCCCUCCAGUACCUGUCUGGGGGCAAAUGGUAUCACACCUGUGGAGGGACCCUCAUCAAACAGAACUGGGUGAUGACAGCUGCUCACUGCAUGGACACACAAAUGACCUUCCGUGUGGUGGUUGAACACAACCUGAACCAGAAUGAUGGCACCAAGCAGUCUAUGAGUGUGCAGAAGAUCGUGCAUCCAUCCUGGAACAGCAAUAACGUGGCUGUCGGCUAUGACAUUGCCCUGUUGCGCCUGGCCCAGAAAGUGACCCUCAACAGCUAUGUCCAGCUGGGUGUUCUGCCACAGGAGGGAACCAUCCUGGCCAACAACAGCCCCUGCUACAUCACAGGCUGGGGCAGGACCAAGAGAGUAGGAGAGGGGCACCUGGGUGGCUCCGUCGUUAAGCGUCUGCCUCUGGUUCAGCAGGUGCAUAGCCUGCAGCAGGCCUACCUGCCCUCUGUGGACUACGUCACCUGCUCCAGCUCCUCUUUCUGGGGCCCCACCAUGAAGAGAACCAUGGUGUGCGCUGGAGGAGACCGGGUUCGCUCAGGAUGCCAGGGGGAUUCUGGGGGCCCUCUCCAUUGCUUGGUGAGUGGCAAGUACACCGUCCACGGAGUGACCAGCUUUGUGUCCAGCCUGGGCUGUAAUGUCUCCAGGAAGCCCACAGUCUUCACCCGCUCCGCCUACAUCUCCUGGAUAAACACAGUUAUUGCCUCCAACUGAAUAUCUUCCUGAAUCCAACAGCCUGCCCAGGAUGAUGCUUAGAUCCACAGUAGGACUUGAGACCGUCAAGGAAAAAACUUUCUGAGAGACCACCGAGCCAGAUACAGAAAAGCAAAUACAACUGAAUAUACAUUAUCACCCUGAGUCUUUUUGUUUGUAAUGGAGCCCUCUAAAGGAAAUGCAGUUCUAGGAUCCACAUCGGAUGUCACCACA